AUGUCGAGUGCACGCCUUUUGCAGCUAGCGCUACCCCUGGUGAAGACGCACGGAUUUACUCGCGAGGCCCUCUCCCGUUCUGUCCUCUCUCUUCCGACUCCCCUUUCAGAGCCGCUCUGCGAGACAGCACUCUCUGCGCUCUUUGGCGAAGGAGACGGUGCUAGACGAACGCUUAUUGAGGUAUGGCUGGACGACGCUCGUGAUAACAUGCAGUCGGCGCCAACACGGAGCCUGAAAGGUAUCCUCAACCACAGGUUGAAGUGGAAUGAGCCGGUGUUACAAUACCUCCCCGAAGCGUUCUCACUCCUCGCUACUCAGAGGCCAGUCUCGGUUCCGAUCGAUCCCACACCAGCUAUCAAGCACUGCACCAGCAUCGCGGAUCAAGCAUGCUACUUGUCCGGAGAUACUACUGUUGGCCUCUCUUGGUACGCGCGCCGCGGCUCGAUUGCGGCCGCAUACGCCGCUGCAGAACUUCAUCAAUUGAAGUCUCCUGAAACAGCAUAUCACUUUCUCAACAGCUUAUUGGACUGGUCUUUUGCUCUAGAAUCUUCAUUGAACGAGGCGGAAACUUUUUCCGAGUACACUGGCCGAAGCUGGGCAGGGAUCAUCCACAGUCGGGGGAUUUUCUGA